AUGACGUCGGGAGAUGCGACGAAGAUUUUUUUCACCGCGCUCGCGGCGCUCGCGCUCGUCGCGGCGCGCGCGGCGGCGCGCGCGCUGACGACGCGCGAGGCGAAGAAACGCGUGGUGAUCAUCGGUGGUGGAUUCGCUGGGAUGCAAGCGGCGCUGGAUCUGCGGAAAACGUGCGAGGUGACGCUGAUUGAUAAGAAGCGGUAUUUCGAAUACGUCCCGGGGACGCCGGCGGCGCUCGCGGGCGCGGCGCCGUUGAGUCCGGCGUCGCGCGGAGACUCGGCGAAGAAACGCGAAAAGACGCUGACGGUGCCGUAUAGCAAGGCGCUCGGAAAGAGCGUGGCGUUCGAAUGCGCGGCGGGACGAGACGUGCGGGUGAUGAGCGCGUACGUGGACGUCGGCGGCGACCGCUUUGAAUACGACGAAUUGAUACUCGCCACCGGGAGUCAUUAUCCGGGCGUGUUGAAAGCGGAGUGCGACGGUGAGGCAGGAGAAGACAGAGAUGCGAGAAUGCGAGAGAUCGCCGAGGCGCGAGAGGACGUGACGAAGGGGAAAUCGGUCGUCGUCAUCGGAGGCGGCGUCGUCGGCGUCGAGGUCGCGGGCGAACUCGCGGCGAGAAACGCCAAGAUGAAAUCGGGUGCGCGCGUGAUUCUCGUGCACAGCGGCCCAAGGUUGCUCGAUACGUUGCCCAAGUUUGUCAGUGAGUAUGUGUCGAAAACGCUCGUGAGAUUUGGGGUGGAGGUGUACGUCGGGCAAACGUACGACCGCGUCGGCGACUCGUUCGUCGGGCGAAUGAACGAAAACGUCAUCGAGGGCGAUAGGGUCAUGAUGUGCGUCGGCGCCAAGCCCGCGACUGAGUUCUUGGAUCGGGAGAGCGUGAACUUCAGCGAAGAUGACGAUGACUCGCCGCUAAAUUUUCCGCUCGACAUGAUUGGGCGCGUUCGAGUGGACGAGGCGACGCGUCAAGUCAUCGGCUACGACAACGUCUACGCCGUCGGCGACUGCGCGUGUAAAUUACCGGACCAGAUGCUCGCUUCGUACGCGCACUGGGAGGCCGAAUACGUGUCAAAGCGAAUCAUGUGCGACGGCGACGCUCGCGCGCUCGGGAAACUCGGCAGAUAUCGUCUUCCGCCGCGGUUGAUGGCGAUUUCUCUGGGCCCGUUCGCGGGCGUCGUCGUCUGGGGCGACAGAAUUUUAUGCCGCGGAUGGUGCGCCGCCGUGUUCAAGGCGUUGAUCCAGUUUUGGUUCAUUCGCUUCCUUCCCGCGCCGUAUUCCAUCAUGAAGAGAUUCCCUCGCAUGCGCGUGAAACCGCCCGCGAGUGUGAUUUUGCGCAAACCGCUCGCGAAUUAA